CCCGCGGGGGGCGUGGCUCGCAGCAGCGCUCAGCCUCGCGGUCACCCGCCUCUGUCUCGCGCUCAGUCCUGAGGGAAACUUCUCUUCGACGCAGACUCCUCGUCCUCCGCGAAAGUUUGCUUUAAUGUUGUUUUUUUCCCCCGAGGUUCACGUCGCGCACUUUAACGGCUAAACUCAGCGAGGAGUGGAAUAUAACCGACUUUGAACGGAAGAGGCACGCGCUGCUGGGAUCGGAGAGUUUUUAACGGCAGGGACGCGUUUAACACGGGAUUGGGUUUCAGUCCGGUUUGAGUUUAUUUUUUAACUCCGUGAUCCGGAUCGGAUUUAGUCGGGAUCGAGGUUUUACCUGCAUUUAUUCGAAACUGGAAUGUGAAGAGAUUGACGUUAGUUAAGAAAUCGGAUUCUUGAAGUAUUUGCGUAAUUGAGAAAUAAUAAUAAUAAUAAUAAUAUAAUAAUAAUAAUAAUCCGUUUUCUUUGUCGGAUUGAUGAACUUUGAGUCUGGAGUGAUUUUGUGGAUCUGAAUCUAAUGAGCUGACAGCAGAUUCCAGCAGGACUUUGAGAUGGAUCAUGUUUCCUGGAUUAUUCCUGUGUUCUGGUUCUGGUUCUGGACGGGACUGAGCUCCGGGGAGGAAGAGGUGCUGAUGAACACCAAGCUAGAAACAUCUGAUCUCCGAUGGACCGUCUACCCCAGCGGUGACCCUGAGUGGGAGGAGAUGAGCGGAUUGGACGAGGAGGGCAACAGCGUGCGCACCUUUCAGAUCUGCCCCAUGGACACGUCCGUCAGUCACUGGCUGCGCACACGCUUCAUCCCCAGCAGAGGAGCCUCUCAGGUGUACGUGGAGAUCCGCUUCACCGUCAUGGAGUGCUCCGCCAUGCCUUCCAGCUUCAGGACCUGCAAGGAGACCUUCAACCUCUACUACUACCAGAGUGAUGAGGACACGGCCAGCGGGACUCACCCUGCCUGGAUGGAGAACCCCUACAGCAAGGUGGACACGGUGGCGGCUGACUUCCUGUUGCGUCGCGGCGGAGAGAAGAAGUCAAACGUGAAGACGGUUCGUGUGGGGCCGCUGUCGAAGAAGGGCUUCUAUCUGGCGUUCCAGGCUCAGGGCGCCUGCAUGGCGCUGCUCUCCGCCCGAGUCUUCUUCAAGAAGUGUCCGUCCGUCACCCGGGGCUUCUCCUCCUUCCCCGAGACGCUCCCUCAUUCGCUGGUGCAGCAGGCCGAGGGCGUGUGCGUGCCAAACUCCGCCCCCACCGGACAGGCCCCACCCACCAUGUUCUGUGGGGAGGACGGCCAGUGGGUGGGGCCUCCGUCCUCCACCUGUGUGUGUAAGCCGGGGUUCGAGCCGGUGGACUCCGACCACUGCCGGGCGUGCGGCUCCGGUCAGUAUAAAGCGUCCAUCGGCGGGAGUUUGUGUCGUGUGUGUCCAGACAACAGUAACACACACUCUCCUGGAUCCAGUGUGUGUUUGUGCCGCUCGGGAUUCCACCGGGCCUCUAACGACCUUCCUGAUUCAGCCUGCACCAGAUCUCCGUCAGCCCCGCGCAGCAUCAUCUCUCAGGUCAAUGAUACGGUGGUGACUCUGGAGUGGUCAGAGCCGCUGGACCGCGGUGGACGCUCGGAUCUGUCCUACAGCGUGGAGUGUGUGUGCUGCAGAGCGUCCUCCUGUGUCCCCUGCGCAGACAGCGUCUCCUACAGGCCUGCGCAGACGGGCGUGACCGGGAGGCGGGUCGUCAUCCACGGGCUCCUCCCACACACCACCUACACCUUCACCGUCUCCGCCCAGAACGGAGUGAGCGCUGUCAGUCACUCAAGCCCCGCCUCCAGCUCGGUCAACAUCACCACCAGCAGAGACGUGGCCGUUCCGGUGUCUGUGUGUGUGUGGGAAUCAGGAGGAAUCAGGAGGACUAAAGCGUCUGAGAGCAGUGUCUCCAUCAGCUGGACGGUUCCUUCUCAGACGCAGAGCAGCAUUCUGGACUAUCAGCUACGCUACAGUCUGAAGGAUCAGGUUGAUGGCUGGCAGUAUGUCAGCAGUAAGAGCAGCUCUGUGGUUCUGAGUGAUCUGACCCGAGCCUCGCUGUACCAGGUGCAGGUCAGAGCCAGAACCGCUGCAGGAUACGGACUCUUCAGCCCCGCCUCCAACAUCAGCACCCUGCCGGACGAUGAAGAAUCUCCGUCGCGGCUGUUGCUCACCGGUGUGCUGGUUGCUAUAGGACUGCUCAUUCUCAUCGCCGUGGUGAUCGUUGCCGUGUUCUGCUUCAGGCGCUCCAGCCGCACGCGGGAUCCAGACCCAGAUAAGAGCAGUCAGUUCCUGAUGGGUCAGGGGAUUAAAGUGUACAUCGACCCGUUCACAUACGAGGACCCGAACGAGGCGGUGAGGGAGUUCGCCAAAGAGAUCGACGUGUCGUUUGUGAAGAUCGAGGAGGUGAUCGGCGCCGGUGAGUUCGGUGAGGUGUGUCGCGGCCGACUCAAGGUCCCCGGGAAGAAAGAGAAUUACGUGGCCAUUAAGACCCUGAAGGGCGGCUACACAGACAAGCAGAGGCGGGACUUCCUGUCCGAGGCGUCAAUCAUGGGUCAGUUCCAGCAUCCCAACAUCAUUCACCUGGAGGGAGUGAUCACAGCUUCCUGUCCCGUGAUGAUCCUGACCGAAUACAUGGAGAACGGUGCGCUGGACUCCUUCCUGCGGCUGAACGACGGUCAGUCUCUGUCCAGCUGGUGUCUGCUGUGGGGAUCGCCUUUGAAGUCCUGUGGAGAUGAGUUACGUCUCUGCCUGAACGGCAUCGUGAUGUGGGAAGUGAUGUCGCUCGGAGAUAGGCCCUACUGGGACAUGAGCAACCAGGACGUCAUCAACGCCAUCGAGCAGGACUACCGCCUGCCUCCCCCCAGAAGCCCUAACCUGGCUGUGCUGGACUGUCAGAAAGAGAGAUCGUCUCGCCCACGAUUCUGUGCCAUCGUCUCCGGACAGACUCAUCUCUGUGUGUGUGUGUGUGUGUGUGUGUGUGUGUGUGUGUGUGUGUGUGUGUGUGUGUGUGUGUGUGUGUCUCUCAGGCCGUCUCACCCUCUUCUGGACCAGCGUCCUCUUCCUCCUCUGUCUCACUGCAGCUCAGUGUCUGAUUGGCUCAGGGCCAUCAAGAUGGAGCGCUACGAGGACAACUUCCUGCAGGCCGGGUUCACCUCCAUCCAGCUCAUCUCACACAUCUCCACCGAAGAUCUUCUGAGGAUCGGCGUGACUCUGGCUGGACACCAGAAGAAGAUUCUGUCCAGCGUCCAGACACUGCGGGUCCACUCCGGCUCCCUGAGAUACUGACCCUUCCCAGCAUUCCCUGCUUCUGCUAGAGCUCUUACAGAUCAGACCGACCGACCAAUCGCUGCGGAGCGUCACAGAACUGUGUUUCACUCGGACUGAUGUUCUCAGGACACACUGACCGGCGCCACACCGGACUUCACUGUUGCCGUGGCGACGCCGAUGCAUUCUGGGAGCUUAAUCGGGUCUUCACAUUGAAGAUUCAUUAUAAUUAUUAUUAUUAUUAUAAAAUGAGAUUAUUUUGUAAUUAUUAUUUUGUACGUAUCAAAACAGCACAAAUAAUGAACGAAUGUUUGUUUAGCCGGAGGAGCUGUCAAUCAAACCCAGUGUAGUCCAUGUGACCAAUCACAUUAAAGAUCUGCACUGGCCCCUCCCACC